AUGUUUAAUUCCUACUAGUAUGAGAAAUAACUUGCAUUCACCAAAGACAUAGACAAGAUAAAGAAAGGGUAUCUUAGGGAACGAGAAGUACGCAAAGAAUUAAACAAUCGAUACGCUUAGAAUUAUAAAAAAAGAGUCGAAAAUUUUGUUAUUAAUAUGUUGGAGAAUCCAAUCGUUUGUGUUGACUAUCAUCAACCUAAUCAAUCGGCAUUCAGAGACGAGGAUCCCUCCAAGAAUUUAGGAGACCCUCAAUUCUAUGUCAAGGGUUUCAAACACGAAAAAGACCGUAUCUAAGAAGCCCUCGACAAGAAUAAGGAUCUGGACUUCCUACCCAACCGAUAAGUAGCUCACUAUUGUUUCCGAGAAAGGGAUCCCUCCAAAGACAUCAAGCGUGACAUUUUUCGAUACAGAGAUAAAACAAGUUUGGAAAGAAUCGAACAGUUCCUCAAGGAUCACACGCAGACUCAAGUUGAAAAUCAGAAAUUCCCAAAAAAGAAGUUGUUUAAUGUUGAAACUCUCUCUGACAAUAUGACUUCUUAAGAUCGUAAAGCCUACAUCAGUAGAUUAGUGGCCAAAAACCUUUUGCCUUCUCUACAUCAAAAAACUCAUUUCUAAGCUGCCUCCACUAUGUACAAUAAUUUGCCAUUAUCCCUUAUGGACCACACCAGAUCACUACCUUAAAUGAAGCAGUUAGACACUGAAGAGAAAAAAUCUCAACAAUAAUAGAGAGAAGUUUAGAAGACUGAAGAGAAUGAUAAUAAGGACAAUAAGGCCAAGCAAAAUAAUGAGAUGGAAACUUUUAAUCCCAUUGAAACCUCCAAGGUCAUUUUGGAGAGGUGUUAAGUUAUCAGGAAUAAAAAUCCUAAAACUCAUGUCAUCCACAAAGGGGAAGGUCAUCUCAUAUCCACUCUUGAUAAAUCCAUACAAGAAGUUUACAAAGAAAUUUAUGGAAUAGACUUCAGUGAACCCAAGUUUUUUCAAAAGUGA